GGAGGCCGAGGGGCUGGGAGCCUGGCUGUCGCCGGAGCCUGGGACCCGGGAGACUGUAGCGCCUGCUCGCCGCUGCUCAGGAAUCAUGUGGCUGGAGAUCCUUCUCGCCUCUGUGCUGGGCUUUGCCAUCUACUGGUUCGUUUCCCGGGACAAGGAAGAAACCUUGCCCCUUGGGUCUGGCUGGUGGGGCCCGGGCACGAAGUCCAGCGCCGCGGAGGAUGAGAGCAUCCGCCCCUUCAAGGUGGAAACAUCCGACCAGGAAAUCCAGGACUUACACUGGAGGAUCGAGAAGAACCGUCUUAGCCCGUCACUGGAGGACAGCGGCUUCCACUACGGCUUCAACUCCAACUACAUGAAAAAAGUCAUCUCCUACUGGAAGGAGGUGUUUGACUGGAGGAAGCAGGUGGGGGUCCUCAACAGAUACCCUCACUUCAAGACUAAGAUCGAAGGUCUGGACAUCCACUUCAUCCACGUGAAGCCUCCACAGCUGCCUGCAGGCCGCACCCCGAAACCUCUGCUGAUGGUGCAUGGCUGGCCCGGCUCCUUCUACGAGUUUUAUAAGAUCAUCCCUUUCCUGACUGACCCCAAGAGCCACGGCCUGAGCGACGAGCAUGUUUUUGAAGUCAUCUGCCCUUCCAUUCCGGGCUACGGCUUCUCGGAGGCGUCCUCCAAGAAGGGCUUGGGUUCUGUGGCCACUGCCAGGAUCUUUUACAAGUUGAUGCUGCGACUGGGCUUCCAGGAGUUCUACGCUCAAGGCGGGGACUGGGGCUCCCUGAUCUGCACCAACUUGGCCCAGAUGGCGCCCAGGCACGUGAAAGGCCUGCACGUGAACAUGGCUUUCGUUUUAAAAAAUUCCUUCUUCCCGACUGUUUUGCUGGGCCCGAGCUUCCGGCGGCUUUUUGGCUACACCGAGAGGGACGCAGAGCUCCUGUACCCCUUCAAGAAGGUCUUUAACAGCCUGGUGAGAGAGAGCGGCUACAUGCACAUCCAGGCCACCAAGCCGGACACUGUGGGCUGCGCCCUGAACGACUCCCCUGUCGGGCUGGCUGCCUACAUUCUGGAGAAGUUUUCCACCUGGACCAAUCCGGAAUUCCGAAACCUGGAAGACGGAGGCCUGGAAAGGAAAUUCUCCCUGGAUGACCUGCUAACCAACAUCAUGCUGUACUGGACAACCGGGACCAUCACCUCCUCCCAGCGCUUCUACAAGGAGAACUUGGGCCAGGGCUGGAACAGCCAGCCGCAUGAACGGAUGAAGGUCUGGGUGCCCACAGGCUUUUCAGCCUUUCCUUGUGAGUUAAUGCAUGCCCCGGAAAGCCUGGUGAGGUUCAAGUUUCCCAAACUGCUCACCUAUUCCUACAUGCCCCGUGGGGGCCACUUCGCCGCCUUCGAGGAGCCGGAGCUGCUGGCCCGGGACAUCCGCAAGUUUGUGGGAGCCGUGGAGAGACAAUAACUUCUGCGAUUCCCCUGCCAGGGAGAAGGGGCCCCUUUCCCCAGGUAUGAGUUUGUAUCCUGCCCUGCCCAUGCUGGGAUCCCCAUGCCCAGCCCUGCCACAAGGGCCAGCACACAUGGCUUGGAUAAUACAUUUAAAAUUUUUACUUCUCA